AUGCUGCUGCGGCAGCGGGCCGACUGGCUAGCAGGCUGGCUGGCUGCUAGGGGAACGGCAGCUCGGCCGGCCGCUUGGCUCGCUCCUCGGCGAACAACUGCGAGCGAGCCGCGGCCGCUGAAGGAGCGGCACCGCCCCCACGCCCCCGUUUCCCGGGCGCGCCCCCGCGGCCAGCGCGCAGCCGCACUGAUCCGAAACAGUUUCUCGCUCACGUCGGAGAAGCCGCUUCCGUUUCCAACGCCGCAUUCCGGCCACACCUGCCCGUACCCCGGCCCCGCUCGCUCCGCCGCCCGGCCCGCCCGAGGAGGACCCCGCGCUCAGCCGCCCCAGCAAGCCAUGUCUGAGGAGGAUUAUUUGUGUGUGAAGACUGAGGAGGAGGAUGAAGCACUGGUUAUGGACCAUGGAGACAACGGACUGUCCGCACAAAGCUGCAUGCCAGUGCAACAGAACUCUGAAGGAAACAGUUCUGUUCACCACAUGAGUCAACUUGCCUAUGGAAGUGAAGGCUUGCCAGUGCUUGCUGAUCAAACGGCCUCACAAAUGAGUCAUUCUGCAAUGCAGAGAGGAACUGGUCACAGCCCUGAGAAAAUGGAUUUUGUGUUUUUGCGUAAUAAAAGAAAACGACUUUCUCCUGCUCUAGUGGAACACAACGUGAUGAGAACCACGGAAGAAGAAUAUGAAGAUAGUGACAGUGUCAUUUAUGAGUAUGAACCAGACUAUGAAUGUGAAAGCAUUUUAUCUGAAGCUUCUUAUACUGGAUAUCAGCAGAAUCCUCUUAUGGAGGUCCUCAGUUAUUGCCAGGCCAUGUAUGAUGCCAUUCAGACGUUGGAUAAAAAAUUUGACUUGCUUCAUCGUAAGGUCUCGGAAAUACAGCAUACACGUAUAAAGCCAUUCUUGCUCAAACCUAAACCAGUUGGAUUUACAUACAGAAGUUCCAGUCAUUUGCCUUCAGGAAAAAUAAGAGUACAAAAACGCAUGGAAAGAGAUUUAAGUCUUCAUCUUUCUUCAUCAGGCCAGGGAAGGCAUAGCCCACUUGUAAGGACUGCUUUACAAAAUGGCCACAUUCAAGUCAACUCCAAGGUAAAACAUGCCCCACAGAGUUUUCAGCUCGAAUCUCAGCAGCCUGUUGGAAGGCAGAGCCCACCACUCCCCACUAUAGUUUCUACGCAUUCAUUACAUUCAUCAUACACAACAACUAAUGGGAUGCCUGACCUUUCACCACAAUCAAAUCUUGCUCCCAGUAUUGUGGAAAGUACUGUCAACAUUGCAUCUUCACCCGUGGCAUCACCAUCGAUACCAGCACCAUCUGAGCCCAGUCAGGAAAAUAAUGCUGUGGAGUUGAACUACAGAAAUGCAUCUGAGGAUGUGAAUAUUAGUGAAGAACUACCAUCUUCUUCAGUCUUCAUCAAUCCUAGCUUUGAGUUUGUUGGUGACCCAGCAAGAAAUGUAAAAGUUCUUGGAAACCAUUUGGUGAAGGCUCGGCAAAAGACUAAACCCAAGUAUGCAGCACGCCACUUGGUUCGUGUCUUGUUCCCCAAGAAAACUUUAUUGUGCAGCAUUAUGGGAGCGAGUGCACGAGGGCGCAGGACAUUGGACCCAAACAAAAUUGCUGCAAUAAGAGAGUUUCUUGUAACUAACUUUCCAACCUAUGAUUUGAGCGAGCAUGGAAAAGACUGGAAAACCUGCAUCACAAAUGUCAAUUCUAUGAUCCGCUCCUUACGCUCUGAAACCAAAGCAAAGCAGACAAAUGAGAGGAAAGAAAAAGUGUCUGAUGCUCCUGAUACAUCUCAUUGUGUAGAUUUAAAUUAUAAUGAAGAUAGAGGAGACAAUUAUCAAAAUUCUCAGAAAAUGACCGGCUCCACAACUGACACAUUGCAGAAUUCAGAAUUGGAUAAGUUUUCAGAAGCUUUCCACACAUCGUUGGUCAGAAGACAUCAGUCUUUGGAACCUAUGGAGCCUCUUGGGAGCCCGUGGCGCAAUGUUCUGUUGCCUUUCUCGGUCAUUUACGUCGCUAAGGGGAAGACACGGCCAGAGUUGUCAGCUCGCUUCCUAAUUCGUCAUAUGUUCCCUGAAGAGGUGCUGGUGAAAAGCAAUGUGUAUGGUAGUCUUGAUCGUGGCAUGAGCCCACUGGAUUCCAAUAAAAUUAAUGCUCUCAGAGACUUUCUUCAAGAGAAUUUUCCCUCCUUUGAUCUAAAUGAAAGUGGAUUUGAUUGGAAGGCAUGCGUGGCUGCCAUAAACAGCACAAUCCGCAGUCUCAGACAUGAGCUUAAAAAGGCGACGUCUGGAAUCCGCCAGAGAGCCCCGGCAGUGCCGCCCUCGAGUGCAGAGUCCCCCAGAGGAUCCCACUCCCGUAAAGCCAGUGGAAAGCAUCUCUCAGAUUAAAGUUCUCUAGCAUCUGUCUCAAAUCUUAAUUUAGCAGGUUUUUAUUAAUUCUGUGUAGAAGCCUGUAGUAUUGAGCUGUCAUAUUCAACUGAGUUGUCAGCAGCACUAAAUAGCAUCACUUCAUGAGACCAAAAUUAGCAGGUGGCUUGGGAGCCCUAAAUCUUUGCAUGGGUGGUGUUUGUGCUCCACAGAAAUUAUUUUCAGUGUUCCCUCUAGCAUUUGCAAUGUGCUCUCUCCUAAAAGAAUCUUCUUCUCAUGAUUCAUUGAAUCUGAAAGAUUAAUCUGGUUAGAAAAGAUGCAUUGUGCAUCAAUUCAGCAGAAGCAGAUGGAAAGGAGAAGAAGAAAGAGUGGUCCUCCUUGGAGGGUGAAUCAUAGCUAGCUAAAUUAUCUCAUUAUGUGUGAGGAAUGAAAUUUGCUUUGACAAUUGGAUAUCUUCAGUGAAAAUGUCAGAAAGGAAAAAAUAUUUUUAAUCGCAUUUAAUAAGCUUGUUGUAUUGGGCCUUGAUGAUCUUUGAGGUCUUUUCCAACUUUAAUGAUUGUAUGAUCUCUCACAUUUUUGCCUCCGGUAUCAGUGUUUUUUGAGGAUAAGAGGCAGACAACAAUGUAAGUACAGAUGGUAAUGUAUGGGGGAAUGAUGCCUUAAGCUUUCAUAUUUUCCAGAUUCUGUAUUAGUAUAUAACUCUGCAUUAGUAUAGAAUUCUGAACUCCAACUAAAAUGUUGGCAAGUUCUCAUCACAGUUUAGUUAGACAAAACAAUCCUUUUCCAGCCAACAAUACUUUUCCAAUGUCCCACCAAGGACAUUGUUGCAGCUUCAGGCCCAUAAGGUACAAACAGCAGCGAAUUGAGGAGAGCAAACUGGGAGGAUGGGACUUCGUAACCUACAGCUGUAAUUGGACAAUUAACCAAAAUAUUUAAAUUGACCAAAACUUAUGAAAGUGCAAAAACUUGUGACCCAUUGUCCAUCUUGGGUGUAGCUUUGGCCAGGCUCUUGUACUGCCCAAGGUGUAUCCUUUCAAGGCCUUUUAAUAAAUACCUACUUUAUUUCUUUAACAGUCUAGUCUCUAUUCCAAGUAUCCUCUCAAGGAAUCAGUUACUGCUUUCCUCUGAUUUAGCUCUAUUAAAAGGACAAAAAAACCUAGUCCGGUGGUUGGUUCUGGUUUUUCUUAAUGAAAUUUAAGGAAAAUACUUCUUCAGGGUCCUGAACUUCACCAUCUCAUAGUUACUGUGGCCAAGGAUUCACAUUUUUAGCAAAUCCCUUGUAGGUGUAUGAGGCCCAGAAAAGCAUCUAUCAAUAAUAAAUGUUCAUGCCCUUGCCUUUCCUUUGUGUCUACGCAAGACUAAGAUUUAUUAGUGCACUAAGCUAUAUAUUAAAAAAAAAAAACAAACAAGCUAUUUUUAACAAACUUCACAUCUUGCUCAGUUUAAUUUGUAAGUUAGAAUUCAACAAUGGUAACUGUACAGAAGUUAAUGGGGUGUUUUGUUGGGUAGCUUCUUUGUUAUUUGGGGUUUUUUUGUUUGUUUGUUUUCAAAAAAGGAAGUAAUCAUAGAAUCAUAAAAUCUGCUGAGUUGUAAGGGACAUAUCAGGAUCAUAAAGUCCAGCUCCUGACAGUGCAUAGGAUCAUCCCCAGAAAUGACCCCGUGUGCCUGAGAGUAUUGUCCAAGUGCUUCUUGAACUCUGUCAGGUUUGGUGAUAGGACCACUUCCCUGGGAACCUUUGCGAGUGCCCACCUGCCCUCUGGGUGAAGAACCUUUUCCUGAUAUCCAACCUAAACCUCCCCUGCUACAGCUUCAGGCUGUUCCCUUGGGUGCUGUCACUGCUCAUAAGAGGGAAGAGAUCAGUACCUGCUCCUCCUCUUCCCCUGUGGGGAUGUUGAAGACCACAAUGAGGUCUCCCCUCAGUCUCUUCCAGGCUGAUGAAAACCAAGUGACCUCAGCUGCUCCUCAUACAGCUUCUCCUCUAUACCCUUCACCAUCCUCAUGGCCCUCUUCUGGGCCCUCUCUAAUAGCUGAAUGUGUUUCUUACAUUGUGGUGCCUAAAACUGCCCCCAGCACUUGAGGUGAGGGUGCCCCAGUGCAGCGCAGAGCAGGACAAUCCCCUCCCUCUCCCAGCUGGCAAUGCUGUGCCUGAUGCCCCCCAAGACCUGGCUGACCCUCUUGGCUGACAGGGCACUGCUGAUUGAUGCUCAAGUUGGCAUCAAUCAGGACCUCCAGGACCCUUUCCAUAGCUGCUCUCCAGCUUCUCAUUCCCCAGUUAAUGCAUGCAGCCAGGGUUGCCCUGUUCAGGUGCAGAGCCCAGCACUUGGCCCUUGUUGAGCUCCAUACAGUUGGUGUAACUUUUCUGUUCAUGUUUUCCAGCAUCAGUCACACGGUCCUCCCAGUGUCUUACUGGCUUGGUGCUGUGUGAGCUUGCCUUGCUGCUUUUGUUGGGUCUGAGUGCAGUCUCAGAAGUCCAAUUUCUUCACAGAAGGAAACUUCUUGGAAGACUGGCAUAGGGAGUAGAUUUUACCUCUGAGAGUUGUGGAAACUAUGGCUUCUAAACUAACACCUGUACAUAGCAGAAUUAGAUUUAACUAAGUCUGUCCUCUCCAAGGCAAAAGUUUAAUAGUUUGUUAGCAAUAGGAUAAAACAGUGAAUUAACUCGUUCCCACUUCAACUUCUGUUCAUAACAAACAUACAGUCUUUAUUGUACAGAGUAUAGGACCAGCUUUUUAAUUGUAACAUAGGAUAUGCAAUGGCCUUAUCAAAUAUGAAAUCAGGUGGUAAUUUAAGUUCCUUCUGCUACCUCCUUGCAGAGGUCUUCUGGAGGAUUCAAGAAACAGACUGAAUUUCUGGUUUUCUUUUCUUGGUAAAAAUGUACUGCAAAUUUGGUGGUUCUGGUGUACUAUUAACAAAUUGUUCUGUUACAGUCCUGCUGUAAAUUCCAAGAACUUUAUUGUGUAUAGAUAUUACUAGUUCAAAACCACAGAAAAAGACAAAACUGCUUAUAUUUUUUCAAUUGUUUUAUGAAUUGUUUUCACUGUUCUUCACAGAUUUUAAUGGUAGAAGGAUAUAUUUAUUGAAUGACAUGUCUGGCACUGAACUCUAUUAAGUGUGGUGCUUACCUCUAGCUUCCAUCUUGAAAAGAAAAUGGAAUAAUUAAAGUAGAAAUAGUUUUCUUGUUUCUGUUUCAAAUUUAUCAAAUUUUGCUAACUUUUAUAAAGUACAAUUAAAGUAUUUUGCUGUUAGGAAUUAAGUAUUUUACAAAUAAAAUUGCCGUAUAGCUCUUUGACCAGA